GAGUUUUCUAGUUGUUCUGCUGACGAAGUGACAUCAGUUUGUGACAUCACGCAAAUUGAUGUCACAAAUUGAUGUCACAAAGGGCCAGGGUGUGUCACAAAGCUGCACUCCUGAAUUCUAGUCAUAACCGCAGCAGAAGAGAGAGAGAGAGGACGUGAAACGAUUGACUCCAAGAGAAAGAUUUUCAGCGCCAUAAAGAUUCAUCGUCAGAGUAUCAACAAUGAGUAACAGCAACACAGCAUCCUUUUCCGAUUCAGAGGAUGAGACAACUGUAUGGACCUUGGCAAGAGAGACACAGGAUAUUGAUGAAAUAUUGGAACAAGUAAACACAAUGACCAUUGAAAGACAGUCGCUAAUCAGAACAAUCGAGGAACUGAAAAUUAAAGUUACAGAAACGGAAAAGGCUUCACAAGAAAAAGAUGAGCAAUUAAAAAAACUGUUUGAUGAAAACAAACAUUUAAAAGAACGUAAUACCACCCUGGAAGAAGAAAAAAGUGCCCUAGAGCAGAAAAACACCAACCUGGAGAAUGAAAACAUCCUUUUUAAAGAGAUAAAUACCUUCUUGGAGGAGGAAAACCUGUCCUUCGAGCAGACAAGUGAGGGACUGCAAAGAGAAAAGACUGCCUUGGAACAGAGAACGUCCAGAUUAGAAAAUGAAAACACAGCACAGAGAGAAAGAAUAUCCGAAUUAGAACACGAAGUCAGAGAUAGGAUAGAAACAAUAUACACAAUGGAAAAUCAAAACAUGGCUCUGAGGGAGAGAAUUUCUGAAGCAGUGAGGGUAAAUGGCCUCCUGCAGCACAGGAUAGAUGUUUUGGAACCGGAUAAUGUUACUCUUGACCGCGAGAACAGAGAUCUUCAUUACAUUCUAAAUUUGAGAAGACGGGAACGGGAGGGAGAAAGAAACACCUGGAUGGUAACGGUCAGUGCUCUGGAGGUGACAUGCAUUGAGCUGGGGCAGAAAAACAUUAACCUGGAGGAGGAAAAGACCGCUCUAGAAAAGAAAAACACAGCUCUGGAACUUGUAAACAAGGUCUUUGAGAAAGUAAAUAGUAACCUGCAGCUUGAAAUGGAACAGCUGAACAAAAGGUUGAGGGACAAAGUGGAACAACAGAACCAGCUGACUAUAGUCACUGCCCUGGAGAAGGAAAAGACUGCCCUGCAGGAGGAAAAGACCGCCCUGCAGGAGGAAAAGACCGCCCUGCAGGAGGAAAAGACUGCCCUGCAGGAGGAAAAGACCGCCCUGCAGGAGGAAAAGACUGCCCUGGAGCAAAAAAGUGCUGCCCUGAAGCAGAGGAUAACCAACUUGGACCAUGAAAACAAGAGUUUGGAGCUGAAAAAGGCCUUCCUGGAGCAGGAGAACAGCUCUCUGGAGCUGAAAAGCAUCUCUCUGGAGGUUAUAAAUACUGUGUUUGAGCAGGUAAACACCAACCUGCAGGUUGAAAUGGAACAGCUGAGCGAAAGGUUGAGGGACAGAGAGGAACAGCAGAACCAGCAGCCAUCUGGAGAGGAAACACACAGCCAGUCGGACUCAGACCAGCCCCAGAAUCAGCCAAAUGUUUUCAGAAGUGUGAUUGGAGGCGUCUCCAACAUACUUCUGAAAAUGCACCAAACAGGAACUCUGAGGACUGCCUCCCUCCAGGACUGCCUCCAGGACUGACUGCCUCCAG